AUGGAUCAAUUCAAGAUUGAACGUGAUGGUGGUUACAUCUUUAUCAAAUAUAAACAUGCUAUAUCGAUGAAAGAUACUUUUCCUGAUCCGAAUGAUGAAUUUCUAUCUGCAGAGGAACGUUUGAAUUAUCAACUCAGAAGGGAAUGUAGAGGAAUUGUAUUUCGGAAUGAUCAAGAUGAUGAUGAAGUAAAUAUUCAGCAGGAAAAUAUACAAAAUGAUGAAAAGAAGGUGAAAGGAAGAAUCAUUUCGAGAAAGUUUCACAAGUUUUUCAAUAUUAAUGAGAGGGAGGAGAGUAAUGUGGAGAGUAUAAAUUGGAGAAGAGGUUUUAUUGUGAUGGAAAAGAUGGAUGGAUCAUUGGUUUCGCCACUGAGGAUUAUUCGAAACGAUGAUUUGAAUGAUGGGAUAGAAGAUUCGAAUAGAGUGUGGACAUUUACUUCAAUGUUGGGAUUUACAGAAACUGGACAAGCUGUGGAUGAGUUCAUCUAUCAAGAAAUGGAGGGAAGAAAGAGAGACAAAUUAUUCGAAUUGUGUGAAUAUUGUGAAGAGAGUGGAAUAACUCCAUUAUUUGAAUUUUGUUCAAAGGAAAACAAGGUUGUUAUUGAACAUGAAAAGACAAGUUUAAUCCUUUUGGCAUUUAGAAAUAUAGAAUCUGGAGAAUAUAUGUCCUUCAAAGAUACUGUUAACACUCUCAACAAGUUCAAUAACCCGGUUCCUAUUGUAAAACUGUGGAAGGAAUAUCCUAAUGGAUUGAAAGGAGUAGAGGAUGCAAACAAGCUCUUGAAGGAAAUUUAUGCCCAAAAGAAUGUUGAAGGAUAUGUCAUUAGAUUUUAUGAAGGUGACAUGUAUAAGGUAAAGACCACAUGGUACACAAGCUUGCAUGGAUUGGAAACUACAGGAAAGUUUAUUAGAGAUCGACACGUUAUUAAGGGAAUUUUGGAGAAUAAUGUUGAUGAUAUCAUUUCUAGUUCCUUCUUUAACGGAGAGGAAAAGAAGAGGAAAGCUCUUCAAUUAUUCAGAGAUGAAGUUGAAAGAAGGAUACUCCUUAAAAUUGCUGAAACCACAAAGGAAUUGAAGGAGAAAUCAAUUGAUGACAUUUCACCAGAUUCAAUCACUGGUAAAUUUUACUAUUAUCUCACUUCAGAGCAUCCACAAGAAGCUAUCAACAAUUCAGAUCUCAUAACAUCCGUAUACUAUUCAUUCCUCAUUGAAUAUUUUAAGCUUAAUGGAAGAGAAUUCGAUAGACACCGAAAAUUAUUCUACAAGUAUCUCUCUAUUGAUUUCUCAGUCAUGAAACCUUACCAUUUCACACAUGAAGGAAUUUUAUCAGAACCAAGCAGCAGCAGCACUCCACCUAAAAAACAAGCACAACCACCAAGAUAUGCCGCUUCCAAAAACGAUUCCACAAACCAAUCAUCAAACUCUGCAAAACCAUCAGUUGACAAGAAGAAACGCAAGUAA